AUGAGAUCGGACAACAACUGUGAGUACCCGAAGCCAGGAGCAACGAACUUGCUCCCUCCCUCUUUUAUUUCUCUGUUCCUCCAUAACAAUGGUCGACUCCACCGGCAAGUUGUCUCGUGUGAACCAGGAUGCGGUGAAACUUUGCUGGAACGGGAUGCAAAAGCGCACGCGGCAUACCGACGUGUUUUGCGUGUCGUGACGUGUUGGAUGGCUGCAUGCGGGAAGCGCAUGCCGGCGAAGGGUGUUUCAAGGCAUCUAGACGAAGACUGCGUCGCGCACCGAGCCUGGAUGCGCAUGGCUGAAGCCGGACACGAACUCCAAGAGAGUUGCACGUGCCCUCACUGCGGGGAAACUGUGCGGCGCUCCCAGCUGACGCUACACUUCCAGUACCAGUGUCAUUGGUUCAAGGAGCAGCGCCGCAAAGCCGGUUGCGGUGCCUGGGUUCCGCGGCAAUGUCGAGCAGAACAGUAGGGACGAUUUUGCCGGGAUUCGAGCGCGGUUCGCAGACGCCGGCGUCUGGCGAGGGCCAGGGCCUGUUUGUGUACCCCCGUGACCACCCACGGAGGUUGCCGUGCCCACCCACGGUACGAUGUCUGUAUGGGGACCAUGUUAACCCAGAGGACCGAUGCAGACGAUAUAUAUAUCCUUGAUUAACACACACGUGCUGUUCCAGCACGGACCGAAGUCAGUACAGGUCCUGUUUCAGUGAACACAAGCGCGGGCUCUCACGAGGGGGACCGCACUUGGACCCCCAACAGUAUACCCCCCGCACACAUGUUCUAUGCAGAUCGAAUCUUGUAUCCAAGUACCCCAAACAGCCCCCCUGCUUGAUACAAUAUACGAUCUGGAAGUCCAAGGUGGAUAAUCUUCCUACCAAUACAAAAACACAAAUAACCACUCGAGAAACAUCCUCUACAAAACUGGUUACGCAUUUUACGCAAAGCGUCUCCAUCAGUAUAUUCAUGAAUCCAAUGUAUUCUCAAACCGUCAAAACAAAAGAAUCAUCCUCAGAAGAGUACCCAACAAAUAUCUGCGCUACAUCAGAAAAGCGUCAGAACGGUGACGGACAAAUCUGGAAAAACAGCUUCAAAAGAGUUGACACAACGUCCUCAAAUAACACAAAGUUUCAAGUUCUCGACCAAUCAAAACGAGCAUUCGGAAAGCACAAGGGCCCCAACCAUUACUCGUCAAAACAUGUCAAACCCUUCCUCCAAUGUAGCAUCCAAAGACCAAACCCUUUAACAGCGUGCACAUGCUAUCGGUGCCUCAGCUGUUGUCCAAGAGACGAUAGGAAACACACGCCAAAAUCCAUGCAAACAGCCCGCCUGCUGCAACAUCUCCCGAAACAUGCAAAUUCUGUGCCACCCGUAUCUCACUGGUUUUGCCACAAGACAGCAAUAUCAAUACCAAUAUCAACACGUAACAGCCCCCCAGCUGGAAUAUUUCCCCGAAACAUACAGAUAAAUCUGCCUGCGCUUUCUUCCCUCCCUUUCCAACCAACAGAGGAUCUCAAAACAUCAAAGCGUACGAAACAGCCCCUAAGCUGAAACAUGCCCUGCAUACAUAUGAAAAACACAUAGCAUUCGCUAGUGUUGCGUCUGGAAUCAUGGCAACAUAUUUCCUCCCCCCCUGAUUCUUGACCCAAAACACAGCAGAAGGAAGAAAACGCCAAGAAAAUCACGACGAAACAAAUCCAACUUGAACAGAACUCGACGAAAGCACUCUGCUCUGCUGGUACUGCGGCUAGAAACAUGGUACACGAAUCCCCCCCGCAUGGUUCUUGACAGCAGCACAAACAGCAGUUCGACAUUUGUCAUUGAAUUUCGCAUCUUACACAAAUUCGGGUUCGAAACACAACAAGUCAAAACCCAGAAACAAAAAUUACUCAACCACAAACAGGGAUGCCGUACACGUUAACGCAUUGUCUCUCGGAUGCGAUUCCUGGAUGAAUUUAUCGUCUUCGGCGCAACGGGAAGAAACCCGACAUGGAACAACAAAAAAUAAAAACCACAAAGAACAUAACAACGUGAAGUCAACAUGCCAAUACCUCCACACAAAACCCAAACAAUUCGUUAAUAUUUCACAUGGUCUCCAAUUUGGCGCAAAUAUGGUGAGGUCGUUGGUGCCACCAUAUUCUCGCCCUGCUCGGUCGAUUCGAGGGUGUCCACCGGAGCCAUAUAUCCGUCUUCCGCUUCGCCUUUACUCCCCAAAUUACGCUGCGCCCGCCCCGCGGUAGCUU